GAGGAGUACCUUACAAAAAUGGAGCAUUUCGAAGCCCAGGUGAAAGAACUCAGUUCAAAACAUAAGCUUUUCGAAAGUCGAGUGAAGGAACUCGAAUCAAAAUUGAAGCAGCAUGAAGAACUAGUGAAGGAGUUUCAAUCAAAGGAAGAGGAAUUUAAUGGUAGAGUGAAGGAGUUUGAAACGAAAGAGGCGGAAUUUAAAGAACGGGUGAGGGAGUUCGAAAUGAAGCAGUUGGAAAUGCUAAGAUCAAAAGAGGAACAGUUAGAAGGAGAAGUGAAAGAUCUUGAGUCAAUGCAGAAUGAAUUUGAUGGAAAACUGAAGAAUCUUGAGAUAAGAGAGAAUCAAUAUGAUGCAUUAGUAAAAUCACUUGAUGAAGAAAUCAAAUCAGGUGAUGGUCAAUCAAGUCCUACCAUUGAUGAUGGAUGGAAUUUGCAACUGCUCAGUCCUAUCAAUAUCAUUGAUGAUGGAUGGAAUUUGCAAGUGCUAUUUGUCUGAUCAAACUAUCAU